AUGUCUCAACAACAACAACAACAACAAUUCCAGCCUCAAGUCUACCCUUACAACAAUGUCCCAACACAACCCAACACCUUAUUCCCACCGCCACUCGCCGCCGACACAACUUCCCACUCCAACGGCUCAUUCGGCACAGUUUUUUGGGUCAUCGGAGUCAUCAUCGUCGUCAGCGUUCUUGCUUGCAUCGCCAACAGGCUUUGCACCAAAAGAACCAAAUCCUCGAAGCCGUCAAAGAAGGACAAGAAAGGCCACGGUCACGGGCACGGUCACGGGCAGGCUAAGCUUCCGAAAGAAUGGGCGGGGAAGCAGAGCCGGGCGGAUUUCCACCACGAUGACGGCGGGGAUAUAGAGUUUGGGUUUGGCGGGAAGAGAUUUCCUUCUGCUAAGGUUGCCGCCGCCGCCGCCGCAACCGGAGAGCAUCACCCGCGGUCUGCGCCGCCGAUGCCGGGGUUUAAACACCACGGCGGCGGCGGAAAGGGAGUGGUUAGAUUUGCUGAUGAUCAUAUAGAUUUCAAACCCGGUCCGUGA